AUGGGGGACGACGAUAACAGUAAUUCAAGAAGUCAAUUUAACGAUGAUGCCGAUGAGAACCGAAUUGUUCAGCAACAUCUGCUUACCAAUAUUUCGCGUAAGAGCAAACAAUUGUUUUGGUAUGAUAUUCGAAACUUUCCUGAUUCGCUGCUUAUUGAAAUUCUCGCUAGAUUACCCGUGAAAUCUAUUUUUAGUUUUAAAAGUGUGUGCAAGCAUUGGCAAACCCUAAUUUCUCACCCUUCCUUCUGCCGAUUCUAUUACUCCAUUCUUAAUUCAUCCCCGCGAUCUAUCAGAAUCUUGGAUAGGUACACUUGGCUACCGAACUUCAAGGAGUUUGUUAAUCGUCUUGGUACUAAAAUCCACAGUUCGUCCGAAUUUUCUGUUCUUUUUCUUGCUACCUAUGAAGAACAACAACCCGGUGCAAAAAAUCAAUUUAGGGUUUUAGCUAUGAGUAAUGGUUUGAUAUUGUGUUGUGCGUGGUUGCCAACAUUUGUUACUACAUCUGUGAUCCACUCACUCGACAAUGGAUCACUUUACCUAGCAGGAAACCCCAAUUAA